AUGGGAGAUACUUUCUGUGGUAUCAAAAUGGAAGAUACUUUCUGCCCUGCUUCAGAUAUUUAUAAAGAGAUCCAUCUACUUCAUCUUACAACAACUAAAUUCAUGGAUCUAAAAGGAACCCAACUUCUACUUUUGUUCUUUGCUUUUCUGUGCUCUCAAGUGAGAAAACUCAAUGGAGAUUUAAUCCCAGGCUGCAUGCUGAGUGAAAGGAAUGCUCUUCUUGGGUUCAAAGAAGGCCUCAAAGAUCCCGCCAACAGGCUAUCUUCUUGGGUGGGUGAGGACUGCUGCAGAUGGGAAGCCGUGGCUUGUGACAACCGGACUGGCCACGUUAUCAAGCUAGACCUCCAAAACCCACACCAAUUCUCAGUCACUGGCGAUCUGCUUCUUUACAACAAGUGGUCCUUGGGAGGUGAGUUGAGGCCUUCCUUACUUGGUCUGAAGCACCUGAAUUACCUUGACUUGAGCAUGAACAACUUUGGAGGACUUCGCAUCCCCGAAUUCGUGGGCUCAUUCCGUCAGCUCAAAUAUCUUAACCUCUCCAAUGCUGGUUUGGGUGGACUGAUCCCACACCAGCUUGGGAAUCUAUCGAGCCUCCAAUAUCUUGAUCUCUACAAUGGUUUUGAUCUCAGCAUUGAUAAUGCCCUCUGGAUUUCUCAUCUUUCUUCCCUACGAUAUCUGAAUAUGACGGGUGUGGAAUACGGAGAUGGUGCUCACUGGCUGCAAGCACUAAACAUGCUCCCUUCUAUUGUUGAGUUUCUUGAAGGCAAAAUUCCCGUUGCACUUGGGGGUCUGUGUAAGCUGAAGCAUUUGGGAUUGUCAGGCAUUAAUAUCAGCAAAAAUUUGCAUGAACUUGAUGAAGUUUUUAGUGGAUGCAUCAAAAACGGCUUACAGACUCUGUAUAUGUGGGACACCCAGCUUAGCGGUUAUUUGCCAGACUGCUUGGGGGACUUCAGAAAGCUCAAAUCUCUCCAUUUGGGUUCCAACUCAAUUUCUGGUCCUAUUCCUGCAUCCAUUGGAAGACUGUCGGCACUUCAAGAUUUGGAUCUUUGGAAUAAUAAAUUGAAUGGGACUAUCCCAGAAAAUCUUGGAAGGCUUACGAAGCUAGUUUCAUUAGACCUCAGCUCGAACUUUUUGGAGGGUGUCAUGUCUGAAGAACGCAAUAGUCUAUCUGGAAGCAUUCCUCCAUCAAUCUGUUUAUUACCAUAUCUCGAGUCAUUGCAUUUGAGUAAUAAUAAUCGAUCAGGAGGACUCCCUUUAUCCCUGAAAGGUUGUAGGAGCUUAGUUACUCUUGAUCUUGGACAGAAUGGAUUCAGUGGUGUGAUACCUACUUGGAUAGGAGAAAGUUUGUUGUCAUUGAAGAUCCUUCGCUUGCGAUCAAACAAGCUUGUUGGAAAUAUUCCUCCUAACUUAUCAACACUAAGUGCUCCUCAAAUCCUAGAUCUUGCUAAUAACAAUUUAUCAGAAAUCAUUCCUUCAGGCUUUGGGAACUUCACCGCCAUGAAAGUGUUACGGAAGACAUAUGGGCCCAUUUUAAGUUAUUAUAAACACUAUGAAAAUUUGCAAGUGACCAUAAAAGGAACAGACAUUGAGUAUGCCAUAUUCCUUUCACUUGUGAUCGCUAUGGACCUUUCAGACAAUAACUUGUCUGGUAAGAUACCAGAAGAACUUACCAACCUUUUUGGACUCGUGAGCUUAAAUUUGUCUGGAAAUCAUCUAACAGGAGAGAUCCCAGAAAAGAUCGGUGCACUGCGACAACUGGAGUCACUCGACUUAUCAAGAAACAACCUUUUCGGUGGAAUUCCUUCAAGCAUGAUUUUCCUAACAUUUUUGAGUUACUUGAACUUGUCAUAUAAUAACUUCUCAGGAAGAGUUCCAACAGGUAAUCAGCUUCAAACCUUCACAGACCCGUCUAUCUAUGCUGGUAAUCCUAGUCUUUGUGGGUUCCCAUUAACUCAAAAAUGCAAAGAUGCCGAGACAAACGAAGUUCCAAAUGCUCCUGAAGGGGAUGAACAAAAUGACAAUGCCAUGAAUGAAGACGGAUCUGAAAUGAAGUGGUUGUAUAUGAGUAUGGGGCUAAGAUACGCCAUAGGUUUAUGGGCUAUUUUUGGUCCAUUGUUAUUCAACAGGAAAUGGAGAGAAGCCUAUUUUCAACUUAUAGAUUAUGUUUAUGAUAUGGUAUAUGCCGCCCUUGCAGUGAUUUUCACCAGGUUUAAAGAGCACAUCAUUGCAGCAUGA